AUGUACGAAUUGCAAUUAGGAGAUUUGAUUGGGAAUGUUUAUAAAGUUAAGAAACUUCUAUCUUAAGGUUCCUUUGGUAGGGUAUAUUUGGGAAGAAACAUAGAGAGUGGAAUGAAAGUCGCAAUAAAGGUUGAAAAAUAGGAAAUAAAGAGAGGUUAGUUGAGACAUUAUUAGUAGGUAAAAAUAUUGAAGAAAUUACGAGGUAUAUCUUAAGUGCCAUAGUUACUUUGGCACGGAAAGCACAAUGAAUUCUAAGUCAUGAUAACAAAGAUGCUAGGAUUUGAUUUAAUUUAUUUCUUGAAAAAACACAAGAGAUUCUCAAAUGAAUGCAUUUUCAAUAUAGCUUAACAAAUGAUAGAAAUAUUAGAGAAUAUUCAUAAAAAGAAUAUACUCCAUAGAGAUUUAAAACCAGAAAAUAUUUUGGGUAAAAGACAUUCAGAUCAGAUUUAUCUAAUUGAUUAUGGGAUUGCAAAAGAUUUUGUAAAAAGUAAGAAAUAAAGUUAAGUGAAAAUUCCAUUUAUUGGAACAAGCAGAUAUGCAAGUAUCACAGCUCAUCAAGGAUUGGAGUAAUCAAGAAGGGAUGAUUUAGAAUCCUUAGGUUAUGUUCUGAUAUAUCUUUUCAAACAGAAAUUACCUUGGUCUAAUUAUGAGAACAGUGAAUAUGAUCGUUUAGAGAGGAUCGGGUAAUUGAAAAGUGAAAUACCGCUAAAAGAAAUUUGUGAAGGCUGUCCACAAUAAUUAUAUAAUUAUAUGAUUUAGGUGGCAGAAUUGAAUCAUCAAUAAGUACCAAAUUAUUAAAAGCUGAAGUCCAUUUUUUAAUCGAAAAUUAAUCACAAAUAACAUGUGAUUUUUGAUUGGUCAAACACUUAAUUGGCUAAUUCAAAAUCUAGUCAAGAUAGAACUAAAAAUAAUUUGAAAUAAAAUAAAUAUGAUAGUGUUUAGCAGAUAAAGCUAUCUAUUGAGAAGAUGAGUUCUAGACAUCUUCAUACAAUCACAUUCCAUGUUGACUCUAAUGCUUCUUCCUGUUUCAAUAGUCAACAAUCAAGCAGUAUGCAGCACUCUUUUGGAAGUCACCAAAGUGUAUAAGUUGAUUUUAUGAAUUCUGAUUCGAGUGAACAUACUCAAAAACAAGAAAUAAAUAAGAUAUCGACUUUUGAGGCUUUCUUAAUAACUGAUGACAUCAUGCCCAUCAAGGAUUAACUUUAAUUGAUGGAAUUAGAAAAUUAGGAUCUAGAAAUUAAACAUACUUUGCUGCAUUACCAUUCAGUCUAUUAUAACUUCAAAAAUCCAUUUUAGAGUUUGCUGCAACUAAGAAUGAAUUGA